AUGGAAGUUAUAAGUUCCCCCCUUCCAGAAAAUAGAGUAAAGGAUGCUGCGAUGUUUCAGAUAACUGGCGUUGAUAUGGCUGGACCUUUAUUCCUUAAAGAAGACAAGAAGAGCUGGGUUCUAAUUUUUACUUGUGCAGUGCACAGAGCUGUUCAUUUCGAGCUUGUUACUGCUGCCUCGAACGAUGUUUUUUUAAUGGCCUUUAGGAGAUUUGUUUCUCGCAGAGGAAGAUGCACAACAAUAUACUGCGAUAAUGGCUCCAAUUUUGUUGGAGCAGCCAACUAUUUAAAACAACUGGAUUGGAACUGUAUCCAAAAAUAUGGAACGAUAAACUCUAUUGACUGGAAGUUUAAUCCUCCAACUGCUGUCUUGUGGGGUGGAUGGUGGGAGAGAUUAAUUAGAAUUUUAAAAGAUCUUUUGAAGAAAGUGUUAAGACAGGCACGUCUCAAUUAUGAGGAGAUAAUAACGGUUUUGGCAGACUGCGAGUGUGUAAUCAACUCAAGACCUCUAACUUACAUUUGCGAAGAGGAAGCUAUAAAACCAAUUUCUCCAUCGAUGUUCAUACAAGAUGUGCAUGAAUGCAAUCUUCCUGAUAUAGAUGCUGUAGAGCAAAAUUUUGUGAGCAAUAGAUUCAAAUACAGACAAGCAGUGCUUAAAGACUUAAGAAAUCGUUUCAGAUCUGAGCUAUUGUCGCCAGAUAUAACGCUUCUCUUUGUAAAGCGGCGGUCCAACCUCACGGAUUUGGUCAUAAAUCACGGAUUUGGUCCACCUCACGGAUUUGGUCAUAAAUCUGACAUCCUACCCACUGGGGGAACACACUCCCCCGUAGAUGGAUAA